AUGAACACAACAGCAUCCCUGCGGGGAUCCUACGAGUCAACGAAGAAAACCCACCCUAGACGGCAACGACGCAACAAAAGGUGCUACCGGGCGCCUUUCCCUUCACCUUCACCUGGAUUCACCGACAUAGUACGGGAAAAAAAAUCCUCAUCUUGGACAAUCCGAGGGGCUCCCCGACUUCCCUGCACGGCGCAGGACCCAGGAAGGCGGCAAGCGCCUGAUUUAGAGGGGCGACCCCGAGAUCAUCGGUCCUUCCCUGCCUUUUGCACGCAAGGCCGUCCCAGCCUCCGUUUCCGCCGCGGACCUCCCCCCUCCCCGCUCCUGCUCCCCCCCCCCACCAACUCUGGGAAGAAGAACAGCGGCACAGAAUCUCCAAUUAGGCCGGAAGAGGCCGGUUCCCCUUUCGUUCUCUUGCUACCACAGGGCCGCUCUAGACGGCGCGUGUCUAUCAUUCGGACUCCGUGCCCCUUUGUUCUCUUGCUACCACAGGGCCGCUCUACACGGCGCGUAUCUAUCGUUCGGACUCAUUCAUUGCACCGCGCAGAACUAGGAAGGGAAAUUGUGGCGGAAACGAUCCUCAGUUUCUCUUCUCGGGCGCAGGAGCCCCGAAGCAGCCGCCGCCCAUUUGUCCCCACCUGGAAAGCGGAGAAAAGGCUGGUGGGAGCCCCCUCGGAUUGCCUUGGGGCAGGAGAGCCACUGGAAGCCAGGAGAUCUCCAGGGAUGGAGAGCACCCUCGUCCCAGAGGCUCCAGGCGAUCGCGAUCGCUGCCAAGUGGCCGAGGAGCCCCGGGAGCUUUGCAGCCGCCUGCACCGGCUGUGCCGUCGGUGGCUGCGGCCGGAGAGGAGCAGCAAAGCGGAGAUACUGGACCUGGUGGUGCUGGAGCAGCUGCUGGCCCUGCUGCCCCCGGAGAUGGCGAGCUGGGUGAGGGAGUGCGGAGCCCAGAGCUGUUCGCAGGCGGUGGCCCUGGCCGAAGGCUUCCUGCUCAGCCAAGCCCAGAGGGAAGAGUUCGGAAACGGGCAGGUGCAGGAGCCAUUCCCAGAGGAGAUUUCAGCUGAGCUCCGGGAAAGAGGAGAUGGAUCCAGUUCUAUUCAGGACCUGUUUUUCAGGAGGAUCCAAUUUGGGCCACUUUCCCAGAGCUCUGAUGCCUUUGAAGAGGUGACUGUGGAUUUCACGAAGGAGGAGUGGAGGCUGCUAGAUCUUGACCAGAAGGCCUUGUGCUGGGAAGUCAUGCAGGAGUUUUCUAGGAAUCUGGCUGCUCUGGCUGAUGUGUCUGUGAAUGAGAAUGGAGGAGAGCAAUCGUCCACGUCUCUUCCUGUUGUUGUUCGUGGCUUCCUGUCCCAGCAAGAUCAGAAAGAAAAGAGAAAAGGGAAAUACAGAAAAAAAGAAAACAUGCAUUUGGAUUACAUAGAUAUGGCAGAAACCAGACUAAAGAAAAACUGCAUGCCUCUGGACACACUGGAGAAUAACUCCUUCGCUCCUACUUCACCAAAGGAACUGUAUAGGAAACGCAAAUUACAUACCUCUGUUAAUAAAUCUGGGAGGGAUUCCCGUCUGAGCAGAAAGAGGGAACUUGGCAAGCAGAGUGGAAAGGAUUUCAGCAGUGAAAGUGAUCUUAAUAACCACCAAAAGAUCCACACCGCGAAGACACCACAUAAAUGUCAGUAUUGUGGAAAGAUCUUUAGCCGGAGUGGACAUUUUAAUCUUCAUCUAAAGACCCACACAGGAGAGAAACCGUAUAAAUGCUUCGAAUGUGGAAAGACCUUCAUCCGGAAAGACCAGCUUGUUCUUCAUGAAAGGAUCCACACGGGGGAAAAACUGUAUAAAUGCAAGGAAUGCGGAAAGAGGUUCGGUAUCAAAAGUAGUUUUAGUCGCCACCAAAGGAGUCACGUAGGGGAGAAACCGUACAAAUGCCUGGAGUGUGGCAAGAGCUUCUUAAUCAAAAGUGCCCUUACUCUUCACCAGAGGAUCCACACGGGAGAGAGACCGUUUAAAUGCAAGGAAUGUGGAAUGAGGUUAAUUACCAAGGGGAAAUUGAACCGCCACCAAAAGACCCACACUGGGGAAAGACCAUAUAAAUGCCUGGAGUGUGGAAAGAGCUUCACCCGGAAAGGACAUCUUCAUCGUCAUGAAAGUAUCCACAGAGGGGAGAAUGUCAUGGCCCCAUCAGAGCCUAGUUCGGAGGAGGAGGAGGAAGAAGAACUGGGACCGUCCAACAGGGAUAGCAAUAGCACUUAGACUUAUAUACCCUGUUGUGGUCCGUCAGCAGCCUGCGGAGCUGGCAAAAGAGUCGGACAGCGAUGAGGCUGAGGUGGGACCAAGGCCAUCGGGGAGUAAGGUGCGGCCUCCAGAGCCUCCAGAGCCUGACAGUAGUGAGGCAGAGGAACAGGAGGAGCCUGUUCCUAAUGCACGCAUGAGAAGAGCUGCCAGAAGGCAAGAGUAGCUCAAGUAAAGAGGAUGGCUCAGGAGUAGAGCCAAGAGAUGAUUGGCCCCUCCCAUAAGGCUUAAAACAGACCAGCAACGGCGUUUGGGCUUUGCCGGAAAACAACGUUGGUACCUUCAUCUUCUUGCAUUUAUUUUUGUAUUUGUGACUUCUGAAUGUUUGCCAAGAAAGGCCUCUGGCAGUUUGCCUAAUUGGACCAAGGUUUGCGAUAGGACUGAGGAAUUUGUGUUGGGAGGAAUUUGCUUUAAUUUAGUUGAACUACGCUGGGAAUGAAGUAAUUUUCAGCUGUUUGAAUAAAGUUUGUUUGUUUUUUCACUGACUUGAGUUUCCUACUGCCUACUUGGGCCUGGGUCACAAGAGAUUCUUCCAAGGAGUCUCACUAUCACCAAUACUAUUUGCCAUUGCACUGAUUCCUCUGUGAACCAUACUAAACGACUCAGGCCAUGAUUAUCAAACAUUAAAAAAAAUCUGCCAGUUUACCCCACUUCCUUUACAUGGACGACUUGAAGUUAUAUGGAAAAACUGGAAAUAGAACUGUUGCUUAACACUGUCUGUAUAUACAGCCAAGAUAUACAGACCUAGGAGGGCUACAACAGGGAAUGCCUGGCCAGAAUGGCUCAGGCAGCAAAGGGGACACGGUGAAAAUCCUCACUGCAAGACAGCUGCAGCCCUCAGGAUCCAGACCCAUAAAAUCUCUCUUGGCCAAUUAAGAUGAGUUGGGCAGUAGACCCUCUUCUUCUGCAUCUUACCCUGGAUGCCACAUGCCUCCCUCCUGGCACUGAUGGCUAGUGGGUGUCUGUUCUUAAAACAGACUUGUCUU